UUUUAGUAUUUUCCAUAAUAGAGAGAUAUUGUACAUUACAUUCCCGCCGCUGGUAGGCCACUUCUGUGCUGAGGAGAGCAGUAAACAACAUUCACAACGAGUUCUCUUUCCAUUUAUGCUCUCUCUCUCUCCUUUUCCUUCUUAAUUUAUCUUGUGCAUGCCUCAUAUCAACAUAAACCUUCCAUAUUCCUUAUGCUUUCCCUUCUCUCUUUUCUCUUCUUUUGCUCUCUUCCUUUUCACAACCUCUGCUUGCAAAAUUCUUGGUUUUCACUGAAUUGAACUGCCUAUUAACAACAGUACAGUUCUAUCUCAAACCACAAGAAAUGGUAGGCUGCAAAAUUUAUUUAAAAAACUCGGAUUGGCUCACUACUCUCCUCCAUAGCGAUUUCUUUGAUUCUUGCAGCAACCAUCAAGAACGUAGAAAGAACGAGAAAAACGUGUUCUGUAUUGAUUGCAGUGUUGGGUGUUGUCGACAUUGUAUGGAGUCUCAUUGCCUUCAUAGACAACUCCAGAUCUGCAAAUAUGUUUACCAUGAUGUUGUUCGCCUUCAAGAGAUUCAAAAACAUCUAGAUUGCUCUAAAAUUCAGACCUAUAAGAUCAACGGUGAGAAGGCUAUUCAUCUGAAACCACGGCCUCAGCCUAAAGAUGCAAGACCAUCCACGAAAGCAAAGUUCGGUGCUUCUUGUGAAGCGUGUGCAAGAUAUCUGCAAGAUGUUCCCAAUCGUUUCUGCUCCAUUGCAUGCAAGGUUUCAGCUGUUUCAGUGGAGCUUAAAGAUCAAAGCCAGGAAAUCAUCUCCUUAUCAAUUCAGGAAUUUACCGACCUUUCCUGGAAGGAAAACCCCAAUGCAGAAAAGCAUUCAAGUGAGAACGAAUCGUCACUUUCCUUGACUGAUAUGUCUGAGGAUACUCAAGGCUGGAUGAAUUCAGCUUUGAAACCAAGAAGACAAUUGCACAAGAGAAAAGGGGUCCCUCGGAGGGCGCCACUAUGUUAGUCAAAACAAUAACCAUGUUCUUUCCUUUUUCUUCUUUCCCAGAAUUUUUAUAUAUAUAUAUAUAUAUGAUACAUUUAUGGUUCAUAUUAAGGUACUUAAUAAUAAUAAUAAUAAUAAUCCACAAAUAGCCUUUAAGAACAUUUCACUCCUAGGUGGCCCCCAUUCGGAGAUAAAAGGUGGGUUAGUUGAGAUGGAGAGCCCACAACAAGAAAAAAAUCACUCGAGGCUGUAUAGCUUGUUUGUGUGCGUGGUAUAUAGAAAUAAAUAAUAAUGGAGAUGAUGAGCUUUGCAUCUGAAUCCAUGCUGAAGAGUCUAAAUGGUUUCAGUAGGACUUAGUUGUGUUGUUAUUUCUGCCGGUAGUAUUUUUAACUCUAUGUAAAAUGGGAUAUUCCUCAUCGCAAGAGUGGUAAACAUUCAGCUGUAUGUAUGCGUGAUUAUGAUUUGAUUCCACUUGGGGACUCUGUUUUUUAUGGGAAUGUUUCUAAAUUGGUUGGCAUGCA